CAACCCAACGAAUACCGUAGCUGGCUUUUACAAUGCCCACUAAGACCACUCCAGUGCCUGUCAUUCUUCUCAUGGGCUGCACUGGCAGCGGAAAGACUACCUUUAUCAACACAUUCCUUGAGGAAGAUAAGCAGCUUAGAACCGGGGACGAUCUCGAAUCCGUGACACAGGAUAUCGCCAGCGCCCAAGCCGUCAUUGGAGGUCGCGAAGUCAUGCUGGUCGACACUCCCGGAUUCGACGAUACUUUCAGACCCGAAAUGACGAUCGCCGCCACUAUCGCUGAUUGGCUUGCAGAAAGGUAUUCAGCCCAAGGUGGCGCAGUGAUCAACGGGAUUAUCUACAUGCGCGAUAUCAGGAAGGUCAGAAUGACUGGAACCGAUAUCGCAAACCGCACCAUGUUCGAAAAAUUGAUUGGAGAAGAGAAUUUCAAAAACGUUCGCCUCAUGACAAGCUUCUGGCCUCCCUCCUCUGAUAUCGAGGGAACACUGGACUGUGAAAAGCGCGAGGGGAUGUUAAUGCAGAAGUUCUGGAGGGAUAUGGCCGCGAGGGGCUCCACCACUGCCCGCUUCAAUCUGUACGAUUAGACGACAUACCACUAUUUGCUACUUCUCUAUAUUCCGUUUCCCAUAUCCAACUGCGCAUUGCCCAUUUAAAAUAUCCUUUACUAUUUCUGGAUAAUUGGGACAUCUUGGAUACUUUGGCGCAAUACAAUCGUUUGAAAACCC